UUUAGCUAAAGAAAUCAGUCCUAAUUCUUCCCCUCUUGGUCCAAGCGUAGAAUACCGAAAAUCAGUGGCACUUAGCUUGUUUUACAAGGUGAGUUAUAAGUCGGCUUGAAAACACUGACAAGGCGGUAUUUGUGAUAAGUAGUAUUGGAUUUCGCUUAAAAAUGAAAACUUGCUGCUAAUUUUGGUGAGCAGACUUGAAAUAGUCCUUUGUCGUUUUGCUUGAAACCAACUCUUUUUUUUUCCAGAUUCCACUGAGGCAUUUCAUUUAAAUUCCAUUUUGAAAUUUGAGCUGCAUUCAUUGUUGUCUAGGAGCGUGGCGAAAAAUUUUCAAUGAGGUGAGAGGAGGGGUAUACUGUGUCACACCCAGAGUAGUAUAGUGGGAACCGAUUAGAUCACUUUUUUGCGCGCGAAAUCUCAUUUAUUUGGGCAUAAAUGCAUUAGCGCCAUCGUAGCCUUUUGUAUUUAUCUCUGAAGAAAAAUUCUUCAUCGGAGCUUAUGUUCUCCUACCUGCACACAAUUAAAGAGUUUCCUACGUGAAAGAGGGGUCUAACCAGUUCAUGCCAUCCUCGGUACGUACCAACGAAGUCCAUACUGUAUUUUACUUUAGGUGACAUUUUUUCGGAUAAGCAGAGGGAUUGAGGAGAGUUACAAUCCGUAAAAAUAGCUGUAUAGAUGAGUCACGUGGCGAGAAGGACCAACUAUGUUGUCUGUAUAAACCAAUUUUUAGAACGGCUGAUGAAAUACGACAAAAUUUUUAACAAAGAAAGCUUUCAAAUGAUGGUUUUUGGCAAGCAGUUUGAAUAGAAGUCGGCCGAGGCAACGACAGUUAAUUGUACAAUCUUAGCGUGGAUCUUGGUAUAUAAAUUUUCUAGCGUUUCGCAGAAAAACGAAAAGCGAUCCCGGGUAUAAUAAUAAUUAUUAUUAUUAUUCCUAGCUGUUGAAAUGCCUCGUCACACCUAUGUUUUUUCAAUUUCAGUUUAUUUUUGCCCCAACUGGAACACUGUGCCUCAUGCUGUUCGCACCAACAAACCUUCAAACAAGUGGUGUCGCGCACCAGGUAUGCUAUAACCUUUUCUCAAUUUGGGAUCCGUUUAACAAGGCCUAUCGAACAACAUGUAGCCGUGCAAGAGACAAAGAAAAGCUGUCUAAGUGAAAAAAAAAGCCUUGGAAAACGAAUUUAUGACAAUUUGACUUUUAUUCAACGUGCUGCAACAAAAUCAGUAGGCCAAAGUAACAAAUCCAAUUGCAAUUAUUUCCUGGAAGUUUACACUUAGUAAGAUUUAUUACCUUGAACUGAUUUGACACUUUUAUCAUCUUUACAGCUGGAGAAAACAAACUAGGACUUGUUUCGAUUAUAUUGCAAUUUAAUAAAACUUUUUUUUACAUUUCGUCCAAGGCUCUUACCAAGCGGUUUUUAUUAUGGAAUCAAUUAUGGAACAUGUUGCCAAAACUUUGAACAAGACACCAGAGGAAGUGAGGGAACUAAAUUUGUAUAAGAAUGGACAAGUAAGUUUUAACUUUCUUCAUUAUAACUUGAAUUUUUUGAAUUUGUGUGUUGAGUUGUUAAUUUUUAUUUCUAGUUUAGUCAUCUAGGGCUUUAUUCUCACAAACUCCCUGAGUAAAGUAAAAAACGAUAAACACAACCUGAACAUGCCUACACCUUUGCCUAGUCCCGAGGCCUCAUUAUUCCGUUACCGAAGUGAAUUGACCGUAAAGGUCUGGGAAAACGCUGUACAGGUACUAGGCAACCUCCGCCUGAGCUUUGUAAAGCGAUAACCUUAGCCUGCGAAUUCCAACCACCUAUCACCACUCACCGUCCCCAAGGACGUUUAGGGAGCGAUAGGAGUCGGGGGGCUGUAUUCGCAGGAGACGACGAUGGCCCCUGGCGAUGGCCCAAAUGUAUUUCCAGAGGACCCUUUAGCUAUUUGACAGUUACUGAAUCAUUUCAUGAUCAAAAUUCUGUUUUCUUUCCGUCCUCUUUCUGUUUCGUCCCGUUUAAGAAAGAUAGAAAUCUAAUUAUUUUAUUAAUGUGUCAAAAUAAUACUUUUCACUUGUAUUUUUUAUUAGUUACUUACUACUAAUAAAAAAUUAACUUUCAUAAAAGUCAGUUAAAGGAUGUUGUGGGAAUUACUCAUCACAGUUUGUCAAAACCUUUACAGGUAACGCAGUCUGGACAAAAACUUAAGGACUGUAACAUAUCUAGUCUAUGGAAUGUUAAUAUUUGUUUAUUAAAUAUUUUUGGAUUGCAUUGUGCGUUAAUCAUUUUCAUUUACUCUGACUGGCGUGUCGCUAUGAUUUUACAAAGAUAGAAUCGAAAUCUGCUGAUGGAAAGCAAUUGCAACCUUACUAGCAAACGAAAAAUGGCUUGCUCUGGUGAUGUCGACUGCCGCACAAGUUGCCGAAACGUCAGUCACUGUCAACAGCAGUCCUAUCCAGGACUAUACUCACAUGAACGAUCAUGCUGGAAGUAUAUGUGACAUGGCACUUAGGUUGAAAUCGCCGUUUACCACUUUAAAAUCACUUCCAUUGUACUUUAGAGGCAACCAAUCAUUGUCAAGUAUCACUCCCAACAACUAAUGUGGUAUGGUUCCGCUUUUUCUUGUUUUUCUAGACCUCAUCCUAUCAAGUCACUUCAUGAAGAGAAAAGUGGCAAUGGACACCUUUAACAAGGUGAGGAUCAGUUGGUUUCUGUGCCUCAUCCUCUUAGUCUUUCUAGGACCUGAUAACUAAACUGCACUAAACCUCUUCUCGUUUUCAAUAUUUUUGCCGCUGCUAGAAAAUAUAGAGGACCCGUCUAGUAAGGACCUUUCUCCAUUUGGUCUACAAAAACUUAGCUAGAAAGUUAGUUGAAUCCGUAAAAAGCUGAUUCCCUUUUAAUUCAUUGUUUUCAUCUACACUGAAUUUGAAAAACCUUAUAGCAAUUGAAAAAUAAACAACAGGUUUCUAUACAAAAACAGAAUGAUGUGUUUUCAAGUCGAUUAGCCUUUUGUUUAGAGCAAUCGCUGGCGGAAGCGUGGAAUCAGUGUUAUUCCUCUAAAGUAUGGAGUGCGGUGGGAUGGUAGGAGGCAUACUGCUUUGGUGUCAAUAUAUCAUACAGAUGGCACCGUCGCUAUUGCGCAUGGAGGAAUUGAUAUUGGGCAAGGAGUAAACACCAAGGUAUUAUUAAUAAAACGUUAAAAGAAACCUGGGCGCUCAAUGUCUUUCCUAUUUAUCGUUGACGCAAACGAGGGCUGCGACUGCUUUUGUGGCUGAAUCAGUGUUUCCAUAUGACUGUUAAAAUCGCAGUCACCGAACAUUCUUCUAACGAUCGCAGCGAUCAUAUGAGAAAACCACCCAUUCUAUACGAUCAAGGCAGGCUUCCUACCCAGGUGUGACUCAGGCUUUCUUUAGCUGCAAAGGAGACUAUACUAAAACAGACAACCAAAUGAGAUAUAUAGAUAUUGGCAUUUUGCUGAGGACGUUGAAAUCAAACGCUGCCUUCAACACAGUAUGACAGUGGUUAAUUUGCGUUUAUGUAGAUAAUUCUUUGCGUACAGCCCUAAGCGAUACCUCAAUGGGUAAAAACAUUGGCUUUCAGUCUUGAACAUUCUAAUUGAGACCAAAAACUACAAACAAAAUCACAUCCCUAAGCGAGUAGAGAGGAAACCCCUUCUUUUUCAUAUGAGGGUCCCCUGGGCUUAAUGCUUUAUCCACAUUAGCUGUGGUCACACUACAGACUUUUUACCUAGGUAAACACGACUUGUUGACAGUUUACCUAGGGAAACUUGAUUUUUUAAGUGUGACCGAUUUUUCCCCAGAUAACUUACCUCGGAAAAAUUUUAUCGUCUGGGUCUUGGAUAUGUCUCGAAAACAAUAGAGUUUCCCUUGACAGCUACCCCAAAGCAAUAGCUAGGGAAAAAUGAAAUACCGAGGUUGCUAGCCAAUAGAAGCUCAUCGGCGAAGGUCUUGAUGACAGAACUGGACAUAGAUCACGCUGUGAAAGAAAUUUUGGGAGCACGAGUCGUCUACGUCUUCGCCUUUCUUCACCUUGCACGUUGAAUUAGCGUAAGAAAUAACAGCGAGAUAAAAGAAAAAAACGUCUCUUUGAUCAGCUAGAUCCCUACGCAUUUUGCCUUCUUGAAUUUACGUUCCAAAAAAUUCAACUGACGUGACAAUUUUGGGAGCCGAUAUCAGUAGUGUGACCUUCCCAGAAUUUUUACCUAGGUAAAACAAAACCCGAGAUGAAUUUACCUAGGUAGAUUUUUGAUGAAUUUGCCCUAGGUAAAUCGUUUUUACCUAGGUAAAAGUCUGUAGUGUGACCACAGCUAUUAUCUGAUAGAGGUAUAAUAGUGCGCAUUAGAUACAAAUACAUGCAUAUAUCAUACUGUAAGGUUCUUCAGGACAAAUUAAAGAGAGUCCACUACCUUGCUGUUAAGGCGAAAUGCAAGGGCUUACUUGAGUAAAUUGAAGUAAUUCUUAAUGGAUUAAACUGAUAAAUAAUGACUUUCUCCAAAUUGGACCUGCUUUAAACUUUCAUAUUAGAAUUUUCGAACUAAACUAACUUGGCACUUACAAUUAAGACCUGUCCAGAAUUACCCGUUAUUGCUAUCUAAUUGAUAAAAAAUUUUCAUUCGCCUUCUUUAAUACACCAAACUAUUUCCCCGGCCCAUGUAUAUCUUCUUUUGUGGCAUCCUGACUGUCAUUAUUUCAGUAAUACAUUGGAAUUGGCCCAUUAUUACAUAAAUGAACUAAAGAAAAGGUAUAUCUUUUAGGUUGCUCAGGUUCCAGCGCACCAGCUGAAGUGCCCACUGGAAAUGAUUGUCAUCAAACCAACCACAGCAUUUACCAAUCCAAACAGUACGUGACAAACCUGUAAUGUUACCUUUGACUGAUAUCUUUCGACUUCACUCGGAACAUUUGCCCCAGCCAGAUAGGAUUAAUAUCCCCUAUUAAAACUGUACAACAAAACCGAACAUUAUUUUGUACAACAAUAAAAAGGAAAUAGCUGCUGAAGAAUUGCUGUUGUUUCACAGCAUUUGAUCCUGUCCAAACUAUUGGGUUUUUGCACCACACACAUACCUCACCACUGCCCCGCUUCCAAACGAUGUUCACUGCAUGAUGGCGACUUAUCAUGUAACAUCCAUAUCAUAUCUGGUAAAUGGUCACGUCCAAUUUAAUUUUUUGCAGAUGCAAGCACGGCUGCAAGCUCAACAAGUGAGAUGUGUUGUAAGGUUUGUACAGCUACCAGUCAUUCAUAAAACCUGCCUUAAAAAAUAAAAAAGCCAAAAGCUCUUUCACAUUGCGACAGCUCGAACCGGCCGCGAACACAUGGAAGAAGAUUAUCCAAUCACUACGUUUUAAGAAAACAGAAGAUUCUGAGUUUUUUUGCCAGUGGACCAAAAGCAUUCAUAAAUUUGAGGGCUUUUUCCUGAGAGGUCAGGUAUGUUCAAACGAUUUUAAAGGUUUCACAGUUGCAUAGUCUAACCUUGUCUUUUAUUAGUCCGUUUGCAAAAGAACUUGAAAAGCUUUUGUUUCUGAAACGUUGUGAUUGGAUAAUCUAAAUGCUAAUACUAAUUAUAAAAUGAAUGCAUAAUAAAAACUAUACCAUAAACACUGGAGAACUCAAUUUCAAUCAAAUAUUAUUAAUUCGGACAGGGGCAUAGCCAUCACGUGGGCCGGUAGGCCCAGGCCUACAAAUGUUUGGUUUUAUCACUCUACCGUUUGCCAGUACUAAGUUAUGAGUUGUUGAGGAGAGCUAAAACGGUUAAGAGCUCAAGAGAGCUCAAGAGCCUUAGGAAAGUUAGCCAGGCCUAAAACUAGUCGAAAAGCUGGCUACGCCCCUCAUGACUUCAAUAAACUAACGAAAACCUUCCCAAACCGAACUCCUGGAGCUGGGACUGGCAGUUGUCAAGUCAAGUGGAAAGUCGUCCGUCAUUCAAAGAAUUGACUGUAAAAGUUUUAGUAUCGGUGCUAUUCACCAUUUUUUCCCAAACAAAUGUACCCUCUAGCCCUUCAUCCCCUAACGCCACGAAAAAUCUUUGCCUAUGCCUGUUACCGUAUAAAUAACUAACUUAUUGUAUGGCACCGUCCAGCAGUCAUAAAAUAUUUUUUUUAGGCGGUAAUGGAAUGCUGCGACGUCUUAAAUAAAGUGGUUGAUCCAAUCAGAAAAACCAUGCCAUCCGGCGCGUCCUGGCCUGAACUGAUUGAAAGGUGCUAUGAUAAUGGAGUGCAUUUAUCAGCCACGAGUAUGUAAGUUUUAUACCACACCAUAUUUGCCUUCACUGAGGUUAAACAUUGCAGUAUUUAUCUUUCUUGAGAAACGCUCAUUCCUGGGGUUUGAACUGAAUGUUGCAUAGUUUAUGUUUCGUGUUGUUCUUAGUACUGUUGUUGUUCAUGGUGUUGAUGAAAAUUGAAUUGAUCAUGAAAAAAUGAUCGUUUUACAAGGAAAUGAAAGCAGGAAACGUAAGAUCACCCUUCACAUUUAAUCCACCCAUUGCAGUCCAGUAUGUCCGACCAACAAAUGACCCACUUUUACUUGCCCUAGCCCCCUUGAGCGCGUUUAGCUAAUCAAGAGGCAGGAAGUCUGGACUUUAACUUCAAAAGGUCAUACGUGCUAGACUCCUAUUGGGAGAAACUGAGAUAUUUGUUCCCAAUACUUCUGUGUUACUGACUGAGAAAAACAUUUUUCUUGAAUCCUAUGAUAAUCGUCAGGUUAACAAAGUACCCAAGACCAAUAAAACCAAAAGGGGAGUUUCCUUUUUAUGCCCUUUCUUUUUUAGGUACCAAAAUCCAACACUUCCAAGUGACACAUAUUCAUACAACACUUAUGGCGUGACUUGCACUGAGGUUGAGGUUGACGUACUGACAGGAGAAAGAGAAAUCUUGUGCACUGAUAUACUGAAUGACUGUGGAGAAAGGUAACAUCCAAGAAAGACUUUCAGUUGCACGUGACCAUAUUGUGGUGGUCAGAUGCCGUUGAAUCACAAGGGUGUUCUUCACGAGUCGAAAUUUUUCCAGCUUGAAAAUCAACAUUCAAACAUUAUGUUAAAGUCAAAACUGGUCAAUUAAUUAGUGUUGGGGCUUAGAAAUAAAUGUUUGCUAAAGGGUCGUUAGUCUUGUAGAGCGUUUUCAGUCAAGAAAAAGCCUCCCACAGGACACCAACAUUGCCGCCAUUGUUUUGGGACACUAACAGGAAGGAAGUGACGUCAUGUGAAAACGCUCUGUUGAUGCAAAUACUUGAAACCUCUAUGAAAAGUAGUUGGUGUUCAACACGGCCUCUUUAAACUAAAAUGAUGUAAUGCUGUAAUGAUAUCCACAGCAAGAACCCUGUUCUGGACAUUGGUCAGGUGGAGGGUGCCUUCAUGAUGGGAGUUGGUCAGUGGCUGACAGAGAAAUUCAUCUACGAUCCUCAGACAGGGAGAAACUUGAGUAAUGGAACUUGCGUAAGUGUUUGCAAUAGAUGAAGCUCUGACUCGCUUGUUAAGCCUCUGGUGAUUCUUGAAGAUGGCAAAGGCGCCAAAUGUCUUUAACACUAUCGCAGUUGAUUUUUGUUAGUUGUGCCAAGAUCAAAGAGUUCAGUGGUGGCGCAAGAGCUCAGUGCAACACAAGCAAAUAUCAGGGGUACGCUAUUACAUUAGGGUAAUCAAUCUAGGUGGGUUAUGAAAUUAUAUCUUUCAACCAAUUUGCACAGUGUUUCUCCAGUUAUUUGGACAACCGACCCCAAUCAACAGUGUUAAUAGUCGAUGAAGUUGAUGGAUAGAUUGGCCGGAAUAGAUUGACAGUGGAAAUGCAAAGCACGAGGUUAAGGAAUGGCAAUCCAGUCUGAAAUUCAUGGUUUGCGAAACACGUUGAACGGUUUUUUUCGCUCGCUUCAUUUGAAUCUCAAGUUAUCCGCGCCCCCUCGCUUUCGUCUUCCUAUUGUUAUAGCUUAGCAGUUCAAUCAUCAGAGUAUUAUCCAAGAGUGCCGGUAUGAUUUUCACACACGAGUUAGAAAAUCAUAAACUUCAUGAAGCCAAAAUAUUAACCAAAUGUCUUUUACUUGUAACUUAAUGCAGGUAUCUGCUAACCUUUGUGUUCCAAACUGCAUGCUAACCCAUGUAAGGAAAUCCAGGACAGUCUUGGAUUCCACGCUGUUCAGGAUUCUUGAUUUUCAGUUUUUGUUAGUGGAACUUGGAUUCCUUGAGCUGUAUUCCGGACUGCAAGGCCCAGGAUUCCGGAUUCCACUUGAAUAUUCUCCUGGAUUUGGGAUUCCAGAAUCCAGAUUCCCUUACAGGGAAGAAAAAUGGACUUUGGACUGAUUUUCUUUACUAUAAUAGGACUACAAGCCUCCAUGUUCAAAGGACACUCCAAUUGACUUCAGAGUAUCACUACUGAAGAAUGCUCCAAAUCCACUUGGCAUCAUCAGAUCCAAGAGUAAGCAAAUCAACUUAUUAACUGCAUGCAAGGAAUGACCCUUGUCAUAAUUAUAAAAAAAAUUCCAUUUUUAUUUUGUAAAAUUUCCAGAAUCCUAAAGGUCAAAUGCUGCAAUAUGAUCAAGUAAUUUUUUUAAAAAGAUUAAAGUGUUUUAAAAUGUAUUUGUAUAGGUAAUAGCAUAAUUUGAGUGAUAUUUGGCAUAAAUACUACGAGUGAUAUUUCAAAAUUAUUAUACGAAAUUUUACGAGCCCAACCUCGUCCCCAGGGCUUUUCCCUUAAAAAAUGGGUGGGGCGGGAAAAGGGGGCCUUUUCCCGCCCCACCCAUUUUUUAAAGGAAAAGCCCUUUUCGUUAAUCGAGGUUGUUCACGAGCCGUUAGGCUAGUGAAGUUUGACACAAUUUUGAAAUAUCACGAGUGGUAUUUUGCCAAAUAUCACGAACAAACGGUGCUCUUAUUUGUUUAUACCACUACCCGCAAAAGGUUUAUAAUUUUCACAUGUAGGUAAUUCAAAUUAAGCUGAAAUACCACUGCUCUAAGCCAAUCAAAUUGCAGAAUUUUCUCAUGUAGUAGUAUAAUAUGUCUUAUGUUUCAUCAGCUUCAGGGGAACGUGCACAAUGCAUGGCCCGCUCGUGUUUGUUUGCUGUAAAACACGCUGUGGAAGAAGCACGAGGCGAAGUCGGCAAAGGAGAAGAAUAUUUUUUUUCAUGA